AUGCUCGAACGCCGCCGCGACCACAUCUUCCGAUAUAUUCCCAAGACGGAGACUGAAGGCGAAAGCGAAUUCGACGUCGAGGCCCAGGCCGUGGAAGUGGCUCGCACAUGGCACAUGUGGGCCAACGAGAGUGUCAAGACGAGCGCACUUGUUCCCGCCCUCCUCAUGCAGGCCCUCGCAACAGGCCUCCUAGACGCAACUACCUAUACCGAUUUCAAGACAUUCGCAAGUAACCAGACGGGUAAUGCCAUCAUCUUGACUGUUGCGGCAGUCGGCACGGUCUCGCAAUCGACAACACUGCUUGUCCGAACGGCAGUGUCGUUCGGCUCGUUUCUCUUGGGCGCGUUCGUCUUUGGACAGAUCGGCUUCAUUGUCGGUGUGCGCCGGCGCACCUGGCUCAUGAUCUCCACAGCUGUCCAAACCCUCUUCCUCGUCGUCGCGUCCAUCCUCCUUUCUCCCCACGGGCCGGCAGCCACCCACGUCGGUGCACGCCACGACUGGGCCAUCCUCAGCUUGUUUGCCUUGAUGAGCGGCGGACAGGUCGCCAUGGCCCGCCAGAGCAGUUGUCAAGAACUCCCGACAGCGCCCAUGACAUCGACAUUUGUCGACUUUGUCGCCGACCACUACCUCUUCUCAAGUUGGAGCGACCCCAAGGCAGUCAGCCGCAACCGCCGCUUCUACUAUGUCAUCAUGAUGAUUGGGGGCUCGUUCAUUGGCGCCGUCAUGCACAGGUACUCGGCGUCGUGGAUCGUCGCCGUCAUUGCCGUCGGCAUAAAGCUCGUCGCACUCGCCAUGGUCGCCCUCGCAAAGCCUGACGGCUGCUACGGCAACUAG